CAAGAUGAUACAGUAAAUAGCGCAUUUCACGAACUUGACCACUUCCACUCAUAACUCUGCAAGAACAUUCAAGCUGUCUUUUAUAUCUUUUUGCACUUGAAGACUUACUAAAAUAACUUCCAGAAGAAUCCGUUUUAACCAGUCGGAAUUGGAGUCUUACGGAUUUGCAAGCCUUGUAAGAUUGGUUCUGUUGAACGAAACAUUUCAAUUUGAUUAUACGUCGUAAAGCUUUUUAUAGCUUGUAUACUAGUAUGGAGGUUCCCUCAAAUUUGUAUGCCCCAAUUGAAGAAGUUGAAGAAGAUGUGCAAGUUUUAUUCGCCGUUCACAAAAAGAAAAAUGCUGAUUUGGGAAUGCUUGAUUCUAAAUUAGACAGAGUGGAUUUAGAACUCGAUGAACACAAGCUUCACAUCAAACAAAAUCGUCAAACCUUGCACCAACUCCCAGGAUCUACAGGAUCUGUAGUUUGGAAAACAUCCAUUAGCAUCGUUCCAUGGCUAAUUAAACAGAGUUGGUUUGCAAAUACCCUUUCCUCUGAUGUUUCUGUAUUAGAGCUUGGAUCUGGUAUAAGCGGAAUUGGCGGAAUCCUUUUGGGCCCUCGAGUUAACAGGUAUAUUGCUACUGAUCAGAAUGAUUACUUAAAGGGACUUCGUGAAAACUUGGAUCAAAAUGGGGCUAGUACGGUGGAGGUAUCUGAACUUGAUUGGACCAAUCCUCCUUCGGAAAAGGAAUGGAAAGACAUGUCUUUAGAUAUAUUGUGCUUGUUUGAUUGCAUAUAUAAUCCGAAUCUUAAUACACACCUCGUUUCUACAAUGGCUUCUUUUGCGCGAUUAUUCCCAGACCUUACUUGCCUAGUAGGUCAAGAGUUGAGGGAUCCUGAAACACUCACAGACUUUCUACUGAAAAUACAGCCAUUUUAUCAGGUUUUUUUAUUUAAUUAUGAACAGGAGGGGUUUCCAGAGAACAUGGCACUUUUCUUACUGAAACCCUACAACCACAAAGCUUUAAUGUAUGCUGCUUUAGAAGAAGCCAAGAAGUGUGAGCCUACUGAUUCAGCUUUUUGUAUUGGAUCUGUUCUUGUCCAACAUGGUGAAAUAGUAUCAACCGGAUAUUCACGUGAGUUACCCGGUAAUACGCAUGCUGAAGAGUGUGCCAUCAUGAAAUACUUGUCACAACAACCUUACGGGUCUUCCUUGAAAGGUACAAUGAUUUACAGUACAAUGGAGCCCUGUAGUAAGCGUCUAUCAGGAAAGAAAUCUUGCACAGAUUUAAUCAUCAGUCAAAACAUAUCAACAGUUGUACUGGGUUCCCGGGAACCAGAUACUUUCGUGAAAUGUGAAGGAGUUGAUUUAUUAAAAAAUUCCGGUGUAAAUAUUAUAGAAGAGCUUUCAUUCCAAGACGAUUGCCUCAAGGAAGCUGUCCGAGGUCAUCAUGGUCAAUAGACGAUAUACUGUUCCAUGAUUAACUUUUCUUUUUACUUUAAUGAAUUAAGACACUGGAUAUAAAAACGAUUUUUUUUUUCAUUUAGCUGAAUGGAUAAAUAAACGAAACGAUGUUUUUGAAUGACCGACUAAAUAUCCUUUACUUAUUCAGCGCUAGUUGUUUUGAAACUAUUAUAUCUAAAACAGUAAAUUGGAGGAACUGUGAUCUAGUUUAAAAAUUAUUUCUGCACGAAUAGAAAUUCGAUGAAUGCCAUUCUGCCAAGAGCAACCAACACCAACUCUGCGAUACACGCGUU